UUAUUUAAAGGGGAGCAAACUCAAGGGCAGACUACUCCAGUUGGACGGCGGCUUAAGGAUAUCCUCCUGUAGUUAAUUCAUCUGCACCAUGCUGCUUCUUGUUGCUCUGUGUUCAGUGGUUCUUGUUCAAGGCUUUGAUACUCCUCAGUGCAUUGCCAAGAACUGCCGUUCUGGAACUUUUUGUCGCCACGUGGUUGAUGCGACAACUGGUGUACAGUCACCAAAAUGUCUGAAGGGAGGCUACUGUCCCCAACCCCAGCUAUGGGAGGCUAUUCGCGUCAAGCAGUGUCAGAGGCAGUGUGAGGAGGACACUGACUGUCCAGGGGGACAAAUCUGCUGCAAGGACUUUCUUGGCUGCGGAAGAAUGUGCCGUGACCCUCUUCCUGAGUACACCUGUGAUCACCUGAAAUGUAAGGACGAUGAGAUGUGCAUUAUGAAAGAAAAUCAGUGCUCCAGGCCAGUUUGCUUUCCGACGCCAACAUGCAUCAAGAGCACUUGCAGCCCCCCAUGUGGAACAGGUCUCAAGUGUGAGAUGGAUGUUGAUCCCACUUGCAAGAAGUCGUCCUGCCAGCAAGUACCUCGGUGUCUGCCCAAAGAGCCAAUAUGCUCUCCGCCCUGUGCCGCCGGCCACUCGUGUGUGAUGAAGGAACCAGCGGGCUGUCCCUCCCCCUUCUGUCGCAAGGUGCCGCAGUGCCGAGCCCAGUGCCUUGCCUACCCUGGGGGCAUCAACCAGAGCAACUGCAUCGUGUCCGACUCUUGCUCCCCGACCCCGGGGGUGGGACAGGCUCAAUGUGAGCGUGGUGAUGUGUGUUGUCAGACCAUCUGUGGUUUUCGGUGUCUUCCCCCACAGACACUGUGAAGAUGUCCUCUUGAUACCCAGGCCGAGGUCUCCACGAUAGGAUCUGGAACACCCAAGCCUGCAUUUCUCCUUCAUUCAACCCAGCCUGCUUACUGUCCACUCAGUAAACAACAUAAUUUUAGAAAAGAAUUCAGCUUAUAGACAUUCAGUAUAGCUGCCUGCAGUUGUAUGUUAUACAUCAGACAUAUUCACCUCCACCUCAUGGACUGAAGCUUUAUGGAUUCUCAUAAUGUUCAGUCUAAAGUUUUUUUACCACUAAAUUUCAGUCUCGUUCUACCCGUACCCCGCCAAUGAUGUGAACUCAUAAAGGGACAUCAGUUCGUAGUGUGAUGGCACAGAUCACACCUCAUUCAGAGUUUGCCAGCUUGAAGGGUGGUGUGAUUUUUCUUGCCUGAGGUCGUCCCUACAGAGAACACAAGGACAGUUUUUGUCUUCCAUGGGCAGCUCAAAAUAUUGUUAGCUUGUCGUCUGCACUACUUGUUUUCAAUAAAAACUGCCAUUGGGAGACUGAAGAUGUCGUUACGGUCUCUCAAUAAUGAUGUAUUGAACGCUACAGACAUCGGUGGCGCACCACCAUCAUUCGCACAUAUUCAUCUGAUGUUUAAAAUUGUAUCUUUAGAACAAAUGAAUAAAAAAAGUCAGUAAUCA